AAUAGCUUUUCUUAAUGAGAUGAAGCUCAAGGCAAUGUACCCUAACUUGGAUAUAACCGAGGUCAGAUUCUCAGAUGACAUGGAGGUCAAGGGAUUUGGAUUGGAUGUUAGAGGCAUAUUAGGAUUGGGUUUUCCUUUUGUCUAUAAAAAGGGGGGGGGGGUUUCGGCUUCUAAAGAAGGAGGAUUGGAAUGGAAGAUUGGAAAAUUGGGGAAACAAAUCCGGAAAGAGGGGAAGAAAAUUGGUGAAGCCUAGAAUGAGUAUUGAGAGAUCAAGAGUGAGAAAGGCAAAUAAGAAAGUUGUACUUAGACUUCAAGAAAUAAAGUCUUGAUUUUUUCUAUUUUCUGCAGGUGUGCAUCAUUCUUAAUUUUCUUUUUCUUUUUCUUUUGCGUUGCCUUCCUAUUGUAUUCUGUUCUUUCUCAUUUUCUUUUGCUUUUGGUGAUUGCUUGAUUCCCCUUUUAAGUCGUUUUCUUCCAUGUUUGCUGAAAUUAAUCUUGAUUGAAAAA